UGCUGAGUAGGUACAUUCUGUCGCAGAAUACGAUAACAGCACCACCGACCACGGAUACUUUAUCACCGAAAUAUCAAUAUUUUAUCACUAAAUAUUAUUUUAAUUACAUACAUAAUCAGAACUAAUUAAUCUUCCUUUUAAAACGCGGACGAUAUGCUCGCCGUUUUAGUUUACACAUAUCAGUAACGUAAUGAAUGGGAAUAUUGUAAUAUUGGCAAUAUGUGUUUCUGUUUUUUAUGUGGAUUGUGUGUAUUGUGAACGAAGGAGGCAUUUGAAACCGCAAAUUGAAGAGGUUGACAACGGUAAUGUAGUGAAGUUCUUUGGAAGCAACCCCAACAUGGUGGGGCAGUCCAAUGGAGUGGCGCGACAAGUGGACUCCACUGUUCAUCAGACCGUCAACAGAUAUUACUGCUCCUUGGACUCCAUCAUCGAUGGCAGUCAUGUGAUGGUGUACGGCUCGAAUGGCUGGACGUUUCCCGUGCAGGAUGUCAACCUCACACUCAGAUACCCACCGGACGACAAAGAGGAAAUCUUACACGACGACGAUGAAGAGUACAUUAUAACUGGUUUCAAAGUAAUCCUGUUCAUAGACGGACCCUCGAGCGAGGGGUACAUCAUGGAUGGCGGGGUUUUGCAGGAGACAAUAACACUAUCGUUCAUUAGCAGUCAGCUCACUUCACUGAGUUACGAGUUCUGGCUUUACGGAGCUAGGAAGGAUACGCCCGGACUCACGCUGAACUCACACUACCGUCUAUGCUAAUAAAAUGGUUGCUGUUUAUUACCAAAUAGGUUCUUUAACUACGCAAUCCUAUAUACGGUGUAUGGGUUUUGGAAACAAGGUAUAGAGGGCAGGCUCAAGUUCUUCACCAAAUCCUAUUUUGGUAAUGGUGGUAGUUUCUUUUCUUGGAGGGAACAAAGGGACGAGGGUCAAUUUCGAAGUUUGAAGUUUUAAAGAAGUUUCAAAAUAAAGGAUUUGUUUUCAUUUCAUAA